AUGGCAUUGCAGUUGCAGUCAUUUUCCAGCGCAUUUGCGCUGCCAAACCAGCCCGGCCAGGGCCAUGUACAGUCGCUGCGUGGCAGCAGUGAGGCUCCAGCCUCUCAUUCUACCACUCCGAUGCUGGGCUCUGGAGUGAUGGUCGUCAGCGCUGCUGUGGCAGCCGUAGGCAUGAAGAAGGCAAAGGCGACAAAGAAGGGCAUGCUCCGCGCCUCGCCGGAAGAGAUCAUGUUCAAGGGCGGCAUGGGAUCCGUCAGUGGAGGAACCGGUGCGGGAUCCUUCACUGCAUCGUCGGGAUCCUCCUCCUCCUCGUCCAGCUCUUCGUCCGCAUCCGUCGCCACGACUGGGCUUGGAGUGCAGGCUCCCGUGGGAUUUUGGGACCCGCUCGGUCUGAGCAAGGGUGCCGAUGCAGCCACGAUGAAGAGGCGCAGAGCUGUGGAGAUUAAGCAUGGCAGAGUUGCCAUGUAUGCUACAAUGGGAUAUAUUGUCCCGGAGUACUACAAGUUUCCAGGAUUCCUCAGUCCAAGCUUGGGCUUGAAGUUCUCUGACGUCCCCAACGGUUUGGCAGCGAUCUCCAAGGUGCCAGUUCUUGGCUGGUUGCAGAUUCUCUGGUUCAUCGGCCUCGUCGAGGGCUCAGGCUUCUUCUCCGGCAAGUACGGCCUGGGUUUCAUGAAGGAUGCCACCAUGGAUGGCACCCCGGGCGACUACGGAGUGGGAUUCCCCACCUUCCUCGGCAAGGUGUCUGACCCUGCGUCCAAGACAACCAAACUUAGUGCAGAGUUGGCCAACGGUCUGACUGGAUCCGCCUGGGGCGACUGGGCUCUGUACACGGAUUCCCCGCUCCGCGCCUCGCCGGAAGAGAUCAUGUUCAAGGGCGGCAUGGGAUCCGUCAGUGGAGGAACCGGUGCGGGAUCCUUCACUGCAUCGUCGGGAUCCUCCUCCUCCUCGUCCAGCUCUUCGUCCGCAUCCGUCGCCACGACUGGGCUUGGAGUGCAGGCUCCCGUGGGAUUUUGGGACCCGCUCGGUCUGAGCAAGGGUGCCGAUGCAGCCACGAUGAAGAGGCGCAGAGCUGUGGAGAUUAAGCAUGGCAGAGUUGCCAUGUAUGCUACAAUGGGAUAUAUUGUCCCGGAGUACUACAAGUUUCCAGGAUUCCUCAGUCCAAGCUUGGGCUUGAAGUUCUCUGACGUCCCCAACGGUUUGGCAGCGAUCUCCAAGGUGCCAGUUCUUGGCUGGUUGCAGAUUCUGUGGUUCAUCGGCCUCGUCGAGGGCUCAGGCUUCUUCUCCGGCAAGUACGGCCUGGGUUUCAUGAAGGAUGCCACCAUGGAUGGCACCCCGGGCGACUACGGAGUGGGAUUCCCCACCUUCCUCGGCAAGGUGUCUGACCCUGCGUCCAAGACAACCAAACUUAGUGCAGAGUUGGCCAACGGCCGUCUCGCGAUGAUGGCCAUCAUUGGCAUGUUCUUUCAAGACGGUCUGACUGGAUCCGCCUGGGGCGACUGGGCUCUGUACACGGAUUCCCCGCUCCGCGCCUCGCCGGAAGAGAUCAUGUUCAAGGGCGGCAUGGGAUCCGUCAGUGGAGGAACCGGUGCGGGAUCCUUCACUGCAUCGUCGGGAUCCUCCUCCUCCUCGUCCAGCUCUUCGUCCGCAUCCGUCGCCACGACUGGGCUUGGAGUGCAGGCUCCCGUGGGAUUUUGGGACCCGCUCGGUCUGAGCAAGGGUGCCGAUGCAGCCACGAUGAAGAGGCGCAGAGCUGUGGAGAUUAAGCAUGGCAGAGUUGCCAUGUAUGCUACAAUGGGAUAUAUUGUCCCGGAGUACUACAAGUUUCCAGGAUUCCUCAGUCCAAGCUUGGGCUUGAAGUUCUCUGACGUCCCCAACGGUUUGGCAGCGAUCUCCAAGGUGCCAGUUCUUGGCUGGUUGCAGAUUCUGUGGUUCAUCGGCCUCGUCGAGGGCUCAGGCUUCUUCUCCGGCAAGUACGGCCUGGGCUUCAUGAAGGAUGCCACCAUGGAUGGCACCCCGGGCGACUACGGAGUGGGUUUCCCCACGUUCCUUGGCAAGGUGUCUGACCCUGCGUCCAAGACGACCAAACUUAGUGCAGAGUUGGCCAACGGGCGUCUCGCGAUGAUGGCCAUCAUUGGCAUGUUCUUUCAAGACGGUCUGACUGGAUCCGCCUGGGGCGACUGGGCUCUGUACACGGAUUCCCCGCUCCGCGCCUCGCCGGAAGAGAUCAUGUUCAAGGGCGGCAUGGGAUCCGUCAGUGGAGGAACCGGUGCGGGAUCCUUCACUGCAUCGUCGGGAUCCUCCUCCUCCUCGUCCAGCUCUUCGUCCGCAUCCGUCGCCACGACUGGGCUUGGAGUGCAGGCUCCCGUGGGAUUUUGGGACCCGCUCGGUCUGAGCAAGGGUGCCGAUGCAGCCACGAUGAAGAGGCGCAGAGCUGUGGAGAUUAAGCAUGGCAGAGUUGCCAUGUAUGCUACAAUGGGAUAUAUUGUCCCGGAGUACUACAAGUUUCCAGGAUUCCUCAGUCCAAGCUUGGGCUUGAAAUUCUCUGACGUCCCCAACGGUUUGGCAGCGAUCUCCAAGGUGCCAGCACAGGGCUCAGGCUUCUUCUCCGGCAAGUACGGCCUGGGUUUCAUGAAGGAUGCCACCAUGGAUGGCACCCCGGGCGACUACGGAGUGGGUUUCCCCACGUUCCUUGGCAAGGUGUCUGACCCUGCGUCCAAGACGACCAAACUUAGUGCAGAGUUGGCCAACGGGCGUCUCGCGAUGAUGGCCAUCAUUGGCAUGUUCUUUCAAGACGGUCUGACUGGAUCCGCCUGGGGCGACUGGGCUCUGUACACGGAUUCCCCGCUCCGCGCCUCGCCGGAAGAGAUCAUGUUCAAGGGCGGCAUGGGAUCCGUCAGUGGAGGAACCGGUGCGGGAUCCUUCACUGCAUCGUCGGGAUCCUCCUCCUCCUCGUCCAGCUCUUCGUCCGCAUCCGUCGCCACGACUGGGCUUGGAGUGCAGGCUCCCGUGGGAUUUUGGGACCCGCUCGGUCUGAGCAAGGGUGCCGAUGCAGCCACGAUGAAGAGGCGCAGAGCUGUGGAGAUUAAGCAUGGCAGAGUUGCCAUGUAUGCUACAAUGGGAUAUAUUGUCCCGGAGUACUACAAGUUUCCAGGAUUCCUCAGUCCAAGCUUGGGCUUGAAGUUCUCUGACGUCCCCAACGGUUUGGCAGCGAUCUCCAAGGUGCCAGUUCUUGGCUGGUUGCAGAUUCUCUGGUUCAUCGGCCUCGUCGAGGGCUCAGGCUUCUUCUCCGGCAAGUACGGCCUGGGUUUCAUGAAGGAUGCCACCAUGGAUGGCACCCCGGGCGACUACGGAGUGGGAUUCCCCACCUUCCUCGGCAAGGUGUCUGACCCUGCGUCCAAGACAACCAAACUUAGUGCAGAGUUGGCCAACGGCCGUCUUGCGAUGAUGGCCAUCAUUGGCAUGUUCUUUCAAGACGGUCUGACUGGAUCCGCCUGGGGCGACUGGGCUCUGUACACGGAUUCCCCGCUCCGCGCCGAAGAGACAGAAGAGAAGGCCCCUCCGCCCUUCGAUCCCGCUCAGCAGGUUGGCGCUCUGCCGCCGCUAGGCUUCUUCGAUCCUGCUGGUUUUAGCAAGGUCGGCGAUGAGGAAGGCUUCAAGAACCUGCGGGCUGCCGAGAUCAAGCAUGGACGUGUGGCGAUGAUGGCCGCUCUGGGUGGUGUGGUGCAGCACUACGUGAAGUUCCCCGGUUUCGACUCGGUUCCAGCAGGAAUGGGCGCCGUGACCACAGCUCCGGGCACCUACGGCUUCGUGGCCCUCUUCCUCGCCUCAGGGGCGAUGGAACUGGCAGUGUGGACAGAGGAUCCCAGCAAGGAGGCCGGAAACUUCGGUGAUCCCGUGGGGCUUGGCCAGUAUGAUGAGGAGAUGCGGAACAAGGAGCUGAACAAUGGACGAUUUGCCAUGUUUGCUGCACUCGGAAUCAUUGCAGCGGAUCUUGCCACGGGCAAGGAUGCCAUGCAGCAGUUUGGUCUCUAG